AUGAAGUUGAUCAACAUACCCAAGACUUCUAGUUUCCUUCACCUAGAAGCGGAAUUGAAAGUAACCGCAGAACAAGCAUUAAAUCAUGAGGCUUUGUCACAUACUCCAAGAAUGAUAGAGUCUGGAGCUUAUGCUUAUGUCUUACCUGAAAAAAGAGAUCAAUAUCAAUAUUUGACAUCCAGUCCCAAUGCAUUGAGAGACCUUGGUAUUGAAGGGGAUGAAACAGAUGAAACUUAUCAAAAAAUUGUCAGUGGAGAAGCUUACCAAGAUAAAGAAUUCGUUAAGAAAGUCCCUGUUCCUUAUAGUCAAGCAUAUGCUGGAUGGCAAUUUGGCCAAUUUGCUGGUCAAUUAGGUGAUGGCAGAGUAACCAACUUAUUUGAAAUACCUAAGUUACGUAAUGUCGACUUCAAAAAUGAGAGAUUCAUAAAAUCUGAUAGUUACAACAGGAAGAAAUACGAAAUUCAAUUAAAGGGAUCAGGAAUGACCCCUUUCUCCAGGUUUGCCGAUGGUAAAGCCGUUUUAAGAUCAUCUAUAAGAGAAUAUAUCAUAUCGGAACAUUUGAAUGCGAUUGGUAUCCCAACUACAAGAGCUUUAGCAUUGACUUAUUUGCCAAAAACCUUAGCUCGUAGACAUAUGGCGGAAAAAUGUGCUAUUGUUACUAGAUUUGCAGAAAGUUGGAUCAGACUUGGAACUUUUGAUUUAUAUAGGUUGAGAGGUGAUCGGAAAGGUAUAAGACAAUUGAGUGAUUAUAUCAUCAAUGAAUUGUUCACAGUUGAUGAUUUACAAUUUCCUUACCUUACAGAAUUUUUGAAAAUCAAACCUAAUUUCAUAGAUUUUAGCUUGAGUCAAUAUGAUAAGAUGUAUUUGGAAAUAGUCUUAAGGAAUGCUACCAGCACAGCUAAAUGGCAAACUUACGGUUUCUUGAAUGGAGUACUUAAUACUGAUAAUACCAGUAUCUUAGGAUUAUCCAUGGAUUAUGGUCCAUUCCAGAUAAUGGAUAAAUUUGAUCCUGACUAUUCCCCAAACUCAGAAGACCAUUCUAAAAGAUACGGGUAUAAAAACACUCCUACCGCUAUUUUCUGGAAUUUGACCAGAUUGGGUGAAGAUUUAGCUGAAUUAAUUGGUAUGAACGAAGAACAAUUAGAAUUGACUAGUAAGGGCCAAAUGAAUGAUGGCAUGAUCAGUGAAUGGGAAGAAGAUAUCAUCAAACGUGCAACUAAAGUUAUCGAAGUAGCAGGAGAGAUGUAUACAUUUUCGUUCACCAAAAAAUAUGUGGAAGCAUUCUUUGAUCGUUUAGGUUUGUCCCAUGAAUUAAUAAGCGAAGAUCCUGAUGUGGAGAAUAAAAGCCUUAUCGUUCCUUUAUUAGAUAUGUUGAAAAGGGUUCAGUGUGAUUACAAUUUGUUCUUCACUAAACUUGAAAAUAUUGACACUAUCACUAAAGAAUUAAAGUUCAACAACGAAUUAUUUGAAGACGAAGAAUUGGAGAAAUUUGUCAACGAUUGGUUAAACAUUUAUAAAGGGUACUUACUGAAGAAUGAUAGAGAUACCAAGGACAUGAAGUCUUAUAAUCCGUUAUUCCUACCAAGAGGAUGGAUUCUUGAUGAAGUCAUCGAACACACACAAAAGACAGAAGGUCAAGAUUUGUCCUUGUUAAAAAAGCUCGAGAAAAUGAGUUUCAAUCCUUAUGACGACUCCAAAUGGGGUGAUGAGUUAAAGGAUGUAGAAAGCCGUUGGUUAAGACAAGGAGAUGUUGAUGAACAAUAUUCUAUGAUGACUUGUAGUUGUUCAAGUUAG